AUGAGCGACGACGAAUACGAAGACGGUGAGUGCAUGUUGAUUCCCUUUCUGUUCUCGCACUUUCACUGCCCUUUCUUUCCCCUACCAAAACACUCAUCUCUGAUGUGUGAUUCCGAGCGAGUGACUCACAAUGUGCAUUCGAAUUCUAGAAUCUCAUUCCUCAUUCUCAGUAUUCGUAUGUCUCAUCUCUCAGUCCGUCCUUGACCAAAAAUGCAGACUUCUCACCAAACAUGCUUUUUAGGCUGGCAUUGAACAGCUUUCUGAGACACGUCUUCGUUAUACUCGCUAUCAGUUCUCUUUCUGUCGAUGUUUAUCAUUGAAUAGGUAGAAGGAAGUUUUCAGAUGGGGUUUGAUGUUCUGUUUGUCGUAAUCAAAGUACAAUAUUGAAUCUAAACAUCUGAACCGAGUGAAGAUCGCAGUUGGCAAGGAAUCACAACUGUUUUGAAUUAGAUAUUAGCUCCCAGUACAGCAUUUCUAUCCAAUCAAAAAUAGCUGAACCGUCUGUGAACUCCCCCAGUUUUCUGUCCUAUCCAUUUUCGCCGACCUUUUCGUUCGACUGUUCGACUGCUUCGCAGCCCUUCUGCUUCGUGUCGUCAACUGACGAAAUUCGCAGUUGCCUCGAAUAUAAAUAAACGUGUACCGGGCAGCACGCACGUUCCAGUUUCUGCCCUUUUGCCUCUCUUUUUCGCAUCGAUUGCGUCUUGGACCGAUUAUCGCACACACAGCACACAUGUGACCGCAUGACCGCUGAUAAGAAGCUUCACGGAUUGACAGUCCGGGCGACUGAUAAGCGACGUUUCUGAGAAGACGAAUGAUGUGAUCUGCCCGGAGAUCUGGAUGUUGUUGGACGUUUUUUUUUUAAAGUCUCUCGCUUCAUCGCAUCUCACCACGCCCUCUCUCCCAUUGUCUCUUUGUCUCACGCAUUAUGCACAUUCAGAUGUCGUUGAAAAACGCUUGAAAUCAGUGCGAGCCAUUACCCUCUAGAGAGCGUAAAAACGGACGAGACGGCAAGUGUCUCGGGAAACAGAGAUCAGAGAAAUCAGAGAGACAGACGUCUCAGAGAGCGGCGCUUUUGGAUAGACACAGAGAGCGAUGGCUGGCUGGCCGGGCGUCGGCCGACAAGACUGAAAUGAGAAAGUGUUUUGUGAGGAGGCGAAGCGACGGAAAGAAACGACAAGUCCAGCGGGCCAGUCACAGGGGUCUCUUUCCGUCGGUUCGUGUGUGCGCGUCCCGCAUUUCAAUGGACAUUUCGGGUCAGCAGACCGUCCGACUGACUGUCUUCAUCCAUCUUUUGUUCUACUUUUCAAGAGCUCUCGAAAAAUGUGCGUUGUUUGCACACUAACUUUAGAUACACGAGCCGAUCGAUCCUUUUCGAAAUCCGCUCCAAACCAGCAUAGACCGCACAGUUUGAACUAGUGUAACAGUAAACUUUUGCGCGCGCGCCAAGACCUGCAACCAAAAAAACCCGAAGCUUCCUCGCUUGUUUUUUACAUUUUUGCUCAGCUUCACAAUCGGAAGCAGUAUUCUAAUCGGAAUCAGUUUCUGACUUCGUUUAAAUUCUCCUCGUGACGCUUCUGAUCGACAGCGAAUCUUAUAAAGUUUCUCUCGGCUAAAACGAUCCUUUCCCUUGCUGCGUCUCGUUCGCCCUUUUGGCAUAGAGAGUGAGAGAUAUGCGUGCAAAAAAUAGUUUCGAAAUGUAACGUUGUGCAGGCGAUGAUACGCGAGAACAUUCUUUUUCGAAACGCUUGCGAAUUGAAUUUCGGCGAUAGCUCGUUUUUUCUGCCGCGUUAGCAUUAUUUCCCUCUUCGCCUCUUUGCCAUGUCAAAAACCCGUACAUUCGUGAAGUUCAGUGAGUUUCCCGAUGCGCUCGAAUGAUUCUCGACGUCUAUUCUUCUCUUCCAAUGCCUAUUUUUGUCAUUUUUCAGGGUUGACUAGCGGCUCCUCAGCUGCGGCGGGAAAGCUGAUGCAAGAUGGGAUCUCUUCAACGCAGUUGCUCCAAAUGCUCCUGCAAAGAGAGAAACUUCUUUAUCAGGUAAAUAACUGCUUUAUCCAUCUGAUAUUUUAACUCUUUACUUUCAGAACUACCCGCUAAGUCUGGCUCAGGGGGAGGGCGUGAUUGGCUGGCGAGAACGAAACCGCGAGUGCGCGUGGAUGUGCGCUGCUGCGAAGCGAAUCGGACUCGGAAUGGACGCCGCUUCAUUGGCAGUCUCCAUCUUCGACCGCGUCGUGACCAGCGUCAAGAUCCCGUGCAAAUACGUCAACUGUGUCGCCGUCGGCAGUCUGAGCAUCGCCAAGAAGAUGUGUGAGGACCACGAGGAGGACGCCCCUGUCUUCCUUGGACGUCUCCGCCUCGAGUACAGUGCGCAAGAACUGAAACGCAUGGAGAUCAAGAUUCUCGAGGUGCUCCGUUGGGACGCUCAUCUUCCAAGUCUGAACCGCUUCGUCGAGUGUCUGUUGUCGGAACUCGAAGCAACUUUACUGCUGCCUUCCAUCAGGUAAUUUUAUCCAUAAUUAUUCUUUCAUCUCUUGUCAGUUCUUUCAGAAAGCACAUGGAUUUUCUGCUCUGCGAUUCCAAUCUGGCAGCAAACUUUCGUUGGAGCGUGCUCGCCCUGUCAACUGUGUCUCUUCUCGUCGAAGCCACCAACAAGCACUGGCAAUAUCCGAUCAACGCGCUGGCGAGACUUUGCAAGGUACAGUUAAGAGAAAAAGGGAUUGGGAAUACGAUGAAUAAUCUUUUUUCAUAAAACUCCUCAUCUGAUGACCUAUAAAAAGAUUAUCUCCAAUUAUAAAUUAAUUUUCUUCCCACGUAAGAAAUGGCUUAGAUUCUACUGAAACCGUUUUGUUGUUUGAUGCUUCUUUAUUACGCCUUCCAUUUCCAGAUUCCAAUGAGCGAAGUCAACCGGUGUCGCGUGAAGAUCUCCAACCUAUGGGGCCGUCACGUGCUUCCGAUGCCAUCUACGUUCCAUCUGCUCGCCGACCUAGACGGAGAAGAUACCGACACCGAUUCGGACGGCCCGCUUUCGCAUCGCCCAUCUCCCCUUUCCCCAGCCCCCUCUUCUUCUGCCUCCGAGCAUAUCACCUCGCCGGCCCCCCGGGCACUUCAGCCUACUCCGUGUUAA